AAGCAGAGACCAGCCUCCUACGAGUCAACUUCGGAGCCGGAGCCAGAGACCGGGGCUGGGAGACCGGGACGCAGUAGCCUCUGGAUCCCAGGACCCCGGACUUCUCAGGACCGGCCAGAGGUGAAGGACUGAGGCCCCAUUGAGGCCUUGGGCCGCACGGCCCGGCUCCCUCGGCCGAAGUCGUCUCCCGGGACAGAAGAUGCACUCCAGGAGCUGCCUGCCACCUCUCCUGUUGUUGCUCCUCGUGCCCCUGGGGUCUGGAGUACAGGGCUGCCCAUCAGGCUGCCAGUGCAACCAGCCACAGAUAGUCUUCUGCACUGCCCGUCAGGGAACCACAGUGCCCCGAGACGUGCCACCUGACACAGUGGGCCUGUACAUCUUUGAGAACGGCAUCACUACACUUGAUGUGGGCUGCUUUGCUGGCCUCCCAGGCCUGCAGCUUCUGGACUUGUCACAGAACCAGAUCACUAGCCUGCCCGGUGGCAUCUUUCAGCCACUUGUUAACCUCAGUAACCUGGACCUGACUGCCAACAGACUGCACGAGAUCUCCAAUGAGACCUUCCGUGGCCUGCGACGCCUGGAGCGCCUCUACCUGGGCAAGAACCGAAUUCGCCACAUCCAACCCGGUGCCUUCGAUGCGCUGGAUCGCCUCCUGGAGCUCAAGCUGCCAGACAAUGAGCUUCAGGUGCUGCCCCCAUUGCACUUGCCCCGCCUGCUGCUGCUUGACCUCAGCUACAACAGCAUCCCAGCCCUGGAAGCUGGAAUACUGGAUACUGCCAAUGUAGAGGCAUUGAGGUUGGCUGGCCUAGGGCUGCGGCAGCUGGAUGAGGGGCUUUUUGGCCGCCUUCGCAACCUCCAUGACCUGGAUGUUUCUGACAACCAGUUGGAGCACAUGCCAUCCGUGAUUCAAGGCCUGCGUGGCCUGACACGCCUGCGGCUGGCUGGCAACACCCGUAUUGCCCAGAUACGGCCUGAGGACCUCGCUGGCCUGACUGCCCUACAGGAAUUGGAUGUGAGCAACCUGAGCCUGCAGGCCCUGCCCAGUGACCUCUCGAGUCUCUUUCCCCGCCUGCGCCUCUUAGCAGCUGCCCGAAACCCCUUCAACUGCUUGUGCCCCUUGAGCUGGUUUGGUCCUUGGGUGCGUGAGAGCCAUGUUACGCUGGCCAGCCCCGAAGAGACGCGUUGUCACUUCCCACCCAAGAAUGCUGGCCGACUGCUCCUGGAUCUGGAUUCUGCAGAUUUUGGCUGCCCAGUCACCACUACCACGGCCACAGUACCUACCAUAAGGCCUACUAUCAGGGAGCCCACUCUUUCAACUUCUAGCCAAGCUCCCACCUGGCCUAGCCUCACGGAGUCAACCACCCAGGCCUUCACCGUACUAUCGACUGCCCCACCAACCAUGAGGCCAGUUCCUCAGCCCCAGGACUGUCCAGCAUCCAUCUGCCUGAAUGGUGGUAGCUGCCGUUUGGGAGCAAGACACCACCGGGAGUGUCUGUGCCCUGAGGGCUUCAUUGGCCUGUACUGUGAGAGUCCGGUGGAGCAAGGGAUGAAGCCCAGCUCUGUACCAGACACUCCAAGGCCCCCUCGGCUGCUGCCUCUCAGCAUUGAGCCGGUAAGCCCCACCUCCUUGCGUGUGAAGCUGCAGCGCUACUUGCAGGGUAACACCCUGCAGCUGCGGAGCCUCCGGCUCACCUAUCGCAACCUGUCUGGCCCUGACAAGCGACUGGUGACAUUACGGCUGCCUGCUUCACUUGCAGAGUAUACAGUCACCCAGCUGCGACCCAAUGCCACCUAUGCUAUCUGUGUCACACCCCUGGGAGCUGGACGGACACCUGAAGGUGAGGAGGCCUGUGGGGAGGCCAACACUCCCCAGGCAGUCCGCUCUAACCAUGCCCCAGUCACCCAGGCCCGUGAGGGCAACCUGCCACUCCUCAUUGCGCCUGCCCUGGCCGCUGUACUUCUGGCUGUGUUGGCUGCUGCAGGGGCAGCCUACUGUGUGCGGCGGGCGCGGGUAACUUCUACAGCUCAGGACAAAGGGCAGGUGGGACCAGGGACUGGGCCCCUGGAACUAGAGGGGGUGAAAGCCCCCUUGGAGCCAGGCUCCAAGGCAACAGAGGGAGGUGGGGAGGCUUUGUCAGGUGGUCCUGACUGUGAGGUGCCUCUUAUGGGCUACUCAGGGCCCAGCCUUCAGGGGGUCCUCCCUGCUAAGCACUACAUUUAGACCAGCGAGAAAGAGCAGCCAGGGGAUCAGGUCAGGCUUUUAGUCACCACCCUCCUGCUGCCACAGAAGGAAGUUCUCAAUUAUGCACCACAGCGCACAUGCGUGAUGGCACUGACAGCGCACAUGUGUGAUGGCGCCGUGGGACCCUCUCUGGGCUGGAUCUCAUCUGUAAGCUGCUACAGCCCAGAUGAACUCUGCCAGCCGCCAGUGCAUCCAGUACAGCGCCUGCCGUUGUGUGCAGUGUGCAACCCUGGGAUGUGAGCCCUGCCAUGUGCUGGUAACAUGGCUAGGCAUGUUGCGCUUCCCAAACCACAGAGUCUGGUAACCAGUGAAGGAAGCCCCCAGAAAUAAUGAGUGGGGAAGGCACUAGGGUGGUGGCCUUGGCCUCAAAAGUGCAGGCACACUUGAAACUGGAAAGGUGCUCUGGGCACAUGUGGAUUCGCUUCUAUUGUUUUGUUUUGUUUUGUUUUCUAAUGUAUUUAUAAAAGAUCUUUUCCCAUUUAUGCUGGGAAAGUGUUUUUCAAACUCAGUGACAAGGACUUUGGUUUUUGUAAGACUAUUGAUGAUAUGAAGGCCUUUUGUAAGAAAAUAAAAAAUAAAGUAAAUUGCC